ACGGGGGCUCCCUUCUCCAUCGCACCCAUCCUUGAACCAAGACCCCCUCCUCCUUCAAAAUUAAGAGACUUUUUCUCCUCUGUAUGCAUUGUUAUGAAGGCUUCUGCGGCAAAAGAUACUCACCUCUAGCAGACAUGCCCGGGUCAUUGUAUGAAACCUCCAAUCUGGAUCGAGGCGGCAGCAAUAGGAAGAAGAAGAUAGAGGAAUUCUCUAGGUCUUCUCGGGAGAAACUAGUCCAGUCGAAGAACAAAAUGUUCUCCAAAUUUACGUCCAUUCUCCAGCACGCUGUGGAAGCGCUUGCCCCGUCGCUGCCCUUACAGGAGGACUUUGUCUAUCACUGGAAGGCCAUUACACAUUAUUACAUUGAGACUUCUGAUGACAAAGCUCCCGUUACAGACACAAACAUCCCAUCCCACCUGGAACAGAUGCUGGACAUUCUGACCCAGGAGGAAGCGGAAAGGGAGUCUGGAGAGACAGGACCUUGCAUGGAGUAUCUCUUACAUCAUAAGAUCCUGGAGACUCUCUACACCUUGGGCAAGGCAGAUUGUCCUCCUGGGAUGAAGCAGCAGGUGCUCACCUUCUACACAAAGCUGCUAGCACAUAUUCGACAGCCCCUCCUGCCACACAUCAACGUCCACAGACCUGUACAGAAACUGAUUCGUCUGUGCGGUGAGGUGCUUGCUGCUCCUACAGAAAAUGAAGAGAUCCAGUUCCUUUGUAUAGUCUGUGCCAAACUGAAGCAGGACCCGUACCUUGUCAAUUUCUUUUUAGAGAACAAGUCAAAGAGACCUGAGAUAAAGAGUCAUGUGGCAACAGAGGGGGCCAAGGAGAACGCUUUGGCUCCAGACACUGGUCAGUCUCUGGCUGAGGAACAAGCUGACCACCAAGACGAGCCACAGGCAGCAGCUGCUGUCUCCACGUCCAGUCCAACAAGUAACAAUAACAGCAACAACUACAAUCUGGUCACGUCCCUGCUCAAUCUCACAAAGAGUCCUGAUGGCAGGAUAGUGGUGAAGGCAUGCGAGGGCCUGAUGCUGCUGGUCAGUUUACCAGAGCCUGCUGCUGCCAAGUGUUUGACUGAAAACACUGAGCUCUGUGAGCUUCUCACGGACCGGCUGGUCUCCUUUUAUAAAGCCCUGCCACAGUCCAUGGACCCCUUGGACAUUGAGACAGUAGAGUCGGUCAACUGGGGUCUCGAUGUAUAUAACCUGAAGGAGGACGCUGCUGUCUUCACAGGGAAGAGGGCUCUCAUCUCCUUCUUGUCCUGGCUUGAUUAUUGUGAUCAGCUCAUCAAGGAAGCACAGAAGUCAGCAGCUGCAGUGAUGGCAAAAGCAGUGAGAGAAAGAUUCUUUGUGUCUGUGAUGGAACCACAGCUCAUGCAGACGUCCGAGGUGGGCAUCCUGACCUCUACAGCUCUACUGAACAGAAUCAUAAGGCAGGUGACCUCAGAGGCUCUGCUGCAGGAGAUGGUUUACUUCCUGCUCGGAGAGGAGAGAGAACCCGAGACUUCAGCUACAAUCGCUCAGAAUCCACUCAGACACAGACUCAUCGAGCACUGCGAUCACCUGUCAGACGAGAUCAGCAUCAUGACCCUGCGGCUAUUUGAGCAGCUAAUCCAGAAGCCCAACCAGCACAUCCUCCACAACUUGGUGCUGCGCAGCCUGGAGGAGAGGAACUACCUGGAGAACAAACCCCAGGAGGAGCGGGAGCCACUGGAGAAUGGCCAGCCUCAUGAUGCUGUAGAUCUUGAGGAGGAUCCACUGUUUGGUGAUGACCUCUCUCCAGAGAGCAGGCUGUCUGGGUCUGACUGGCUCAGCACCUCUCCACCACAGAGUCCGGACCACUCAAAGUCUGAGGGGAAGACAGAAGUCCACAAGAUUGUGAACAGCUUCCUGUGUUUGGUACCCGAUGAGGCCAAGUCAUCGUAUCACGUUGAAGGCACAGGAUAUGACACCUACCUCAGAGAUGCACACAGACAGUUCAGGGACUAUUGUGGCAUCUGCCAGCGGUGGGACUGGAGGGGAAAUCCAAAACCUUUUGAGAAGUGUAACUUGGACAUCCCUUUCUUUGAGGGCCACUUCCUCAAGGUUCUCUUUGACAGGAUGGGACGCAUCCUAGAUCAACCCUACGAUGUCAACCUGCAGGUGACUGCUGUGCUGUCCAAGCUGUCUUUGUUGCCACAUCCUCACUUGCAUGAAUACUUGCUGGACCCUUAUAUCAACUUGGCCCCUGGGUGUAGAUCUCUGUUCUCUGUCAUCGUCAGGGUGGUUGGAGAUCUCAUGUUGAGGAUUCACCGCAUCCCAGACUUCACACCCAAACUUUUGCUUGUGAGAAAGAGAUUAUUAGGCCUGGAGCCAGAAGGCAUCACUAUCGACCACAUGACCUUGCUGGAGGGGGUGAUUGUGCUGGAAGAGUUCUGCAAAGAGCUGGCAGCCAUCGCCUUUGUCAAAUACCACGCAGCUGCCUCGUCCUCACCAUAAUCUUCCUGCUGUUCGUCCAUCUGCCUCGGCCAGGCAGACAGGUUAGGAUAAAACUGGGCCUUUGGAGGUGCGGUAGUACCGGUGGCACAGGGUUGGCAAAAAUAUUACCACUAACUGUUCAUCUCUGUCAGACUGUUAAAGCCCACAUGGACGGGUUUCAUCACUCCCCUUCCUCUGACCUCUCGGGCUUCACCGUAACAUUGUCUCGGUCUUGUUUUUGAGCACAGACAGACACUGCCCAGCCAGCAGAGGAAUAAGAGGAGGGGGAGGAUAGAGGUUGGGGUGCAGAGAAAUGUUCACUGGACUCUUUUCAGCCUCUGCAAUUUUUUCUCACUGCCCCAUCCUUCCAUCUUUGUUUUUCACCAGCCGAAAAACGACAGCCCUGUAAUUUACUAAAUCUAAACAUGUUUGUGUAUUUAUUUUCUGUCCCAUUACCACCCAUGUGUGCAUGUCAUUGCCUUAGUGUGGACUCACACCUUUCAGUUAAAGAGAACUGUUUCCUUUUGAAACAUUUUUAUCUUUACCCCUCACGCAUUGUCUGUUUGAAGACAAGAGGCUGUAGAGAAUCAUCAUGCGCGUAUAUGUACCUGUAGUUACAUAAUAUAAUGAGCUGUAGUGUUUAAGAUACUGCGCUCAUGUUUUAAAUGCCAAGUCAUCUUAUUUAUUUGUCUGCUUUCAGGUUGCCUUUUUUUUUUUUUUUUUAACUAAUGUCCUAUUAAGAUCAGAGGAAUCUGAGCAGUGUAAUGACUGAGAAGAUUCUGUUUAGUGUUCAUUUUCUUUCCUCAGUUUGUAAGUGCUUACGCUCUGAAAGCUCAUCUGUAAUUACCAUCACCCAAAGAGAUCACCAUUCAUCACAUUUUCUUAAAUGAAAUGGUGAAUUUGCAAAUUAUGCCAAUUUGCACAUGGACCUUCAUUGCACUUGUUACAUUAUAAGUUAAUUCGUUUAUAUGUCAAGUCGGCGUUUGUGGAAAAAGGAUCCACCCUCGUUUUUUUUUAAAUCUCAAACGUCAUUCUGCAGACCCAGUGUAGGAAUUUUCAUACACCAGUGUUUGUUAUAUUUUAAGACAUACUCCUGUGUUAUUUGUUUUUGCACGCUUUCUAGAUAAUUAUCGAUAAUUUAUUUGCUCGUUACAAGGGAAAAUGCAGCGAAAGCAGCCCUAUUGAUUUUAUUUACCAGUGUCUUAAAUGCAACUUCGAGCAUGCAACACAGUGUUUUCCUUUCUUGGCUUAUAGCAUCUAAAACUGCUUUCUUUUGGGUUGAAUGCAUCUAUAAGUUGUAAACAGUUCAACCAGAUUUGGGUUCUAAUUUUUCAGUUUUUUUUUUUUUUUUUUUUUUAAUCAUCCAGUAAUUUAAGUGAACAACAGUAAAGACUAGAAGAAACCCCUUAAAAGGAGUCCAGCUUCCAGUUUGGAAACCACUGGAGUGGUUUUAGGAGCUCUGAGUUCCUCCAAAGGUUAUCAUGACUUCCUACAAGGUGUUGCUUUUACUUGCAGUGUUACUCUUACAUCCAAAUCUUGAAUGACAAGGAAAUGUACUUUUGGUGCUGUGUAUUGUUGGGGCGAAUUAUGUGCUUGUAUAUUGUGUGGAUGUCUCAGACUCACGGAUCAGUGAUAAAUUACAUAAGGUUUGAAUCAGUCUGUAUCGAGAUGCUACUUAAUGUAACUUUGUCGCUUGUAUGUUUCCCAGUGUGAAUGUUUCUGUUCUGUAGUGUUUGAGCACUGAGUUUGAUUUAUAUAUGUGGCCUAACUUUGCUGUGGAGACUCAUUCAUUGAAGCCAUGAAUCGCUGGUUUUUGUUUUUGCCCCCAUUUCCUCCUGGUCCCACCUCAAUACCGUCACUUAAGCUGCAUUAUGCAAUUGCUUGCAAUGAAUCAAGUUUGCACAUCGUCUUCAUCCAUGUUUUAAAUGUAAAUUUACACAUC